AUGACCGUUCUCACCGACCACGAAACACUGGAAAUCCAGCGCAAGAUUGAGCGUCUGGCCAACGCACUCGUCACGCCUGAACAAUGCGACGAGUGGAAGCAGCANUUCCGCACCGACACCGAUCUCCAAGGCAUCAAGUCACUGCUUGCUCGAAAGCGCGCACGUCUGUCCUUUGCUCCUCUCCCUGAAUGGCAGCAGAACGAAGUGACCUCAGCGCUGGCUCAAGUUGAGACAUGCAUUCAGAGGAUGGAAGUGAAUCACAACAGGCAAGUCGCAUGUAAACGUUCGAAGAGGACAUUAUCUGAUNNGAUGAUCAGUUCUUCCUACGUCUGUUCCGUCGUAAAGGAAUCUGUCGUCACAGUCCUGAAAUCCACCCUCGACGAGGUCAGAAGAGGCGAAAUCUUUACUGGCCCUUCCGGAUCUGCUCUUCAAGCUGCCGUUGUGAUGAUCGAUAAGCAAGACAUUCUCGAUGCUGUCUUCCAGAGAGCCAAUCUUGAGGCACUCGACUCCGAGAUCACUAUCAAGAAGCAUGUCGUCGCAGCUCUCGCAGAAUUGGCAGCCACGUUUCAAUGCAAGUUCAUCUUCGCUCUUUCUCAAAAUGCGCCUGCCUUUUACAUUCUGUCAUCAGCAAGCACAUCUCUGUCUGCUCAACAAACACUUCUUCAACCAAACAUCGUUGCCACUUCAUUGUCUACAUUACAAGCCGAGAUGGAGAAUGCCAAAUCAGAGCCCGACUUGACAAAGAUUCACAACGCCGUCGAAGCUGCACUUACAAAGAUCCAUGACGCACAAGUCGACAACCAUGAUCCCAGAAAAACCAAAGAAGACACUGAUCGCGACCUCGCCGAAGCAUCAAACCUGCUGGCCCAAGCAGAAGAGAACAUUGCCACACAGUCCAUCGACACCAAGAUCGGCCAUGCUGUUAAUUUCGUCGUGACCAAAAUCGAUGAUCUUCCAAGAGACCAUACUAUCAAAGGAGCACCCAACGUUCAUGCCCCCGACUGGCCCAAAGUGCGCGACGGCCUCAUCAAAGAAGUCAAGGUCCGCCUUGAGGCCUAUUUCUUCCAGCUCGAGGAGGGCAUGCUCAUGACUCUUGACCCCAAGAUCUUUGAAUCUCAGGCCAGAAGAGAAGCCUCGGUGGUCGUCUUUGGAAAAGUGCAGGAGAUACCAGAGAUUCUGUCCAAAGAUCUGUGA